UCGGCGGUCUUUGCAGCGUAGCUGUUCGGCGCGAGCGAGAAACGAAGCAAACUAAAUAUUUCCACAAUGUGCAAGUUGUUCGUCAAACAUUCUUUUGUGCGCUAAUUCUGGACAUGGGAUUGUGUAUUUGAGAUGAGGAAGGAUUCAAGCUGUGACAGGGAACCGGACAAACUUGUCUUCUAAAAGAGUAAGGAAUCAAUUGGGAAAUAAAUUCCACACCUACAUUUCAUGAGGACUGUAUGUGAGAUCACUAAAGGAUACCAUGUUGAGUUGCUGGCAAAGAAUAUAGCAUGGCUACCAUGCUGCCUUCUUGGGUUUAGACACUUACGGAGACCAUUGGCGCCUCUAUUGGAAAACGAUGGCACACAGACGGAGGCAAGACACGGCUGGAAAUGGACAAGUGGAAGAGAAUCCCAACUAUAUUGUAUAUAGAAAGAUGGAGUCGAUUGUAGAGAAGAUGCAGGACGAUGUGACUGGAGUGCCAGUCCGCACCGUGAAGUCGUUCAUGACAAAGAUUCCGAGCGUUUUUACUGGAGCAGACUUAAUAAACUGGAUGAUGAAGAAUUUGGAUAUAGAAGAUCAAACUGAAGCCCUCCACCUAGCCCAUCUCGUAGCCGCUCAUGGCUAUUUCUUCCCCAUUGACGAUCAUGUACUAACAGUCAAGGCUGAUGGCACCUACUACAGGUUUCAGACGCCAUACUUUUGGCCUUCGAACUGUUGGGAGCCAGAAAACACAGACUAUGCUGUGUACCUAUGCAAGCGCACGAUGCAGAACAAGACUCGUCUGGAACUGGCGGACUACGAAGCGGAGAACCUAGCUCGGCUACAGAAGAUGUUCUCCAGAAAGUGGGAGUUCAUCUUUAUGCAAGCUGAAGCACAAGCCAAGGUUGACAAGAAACGAGACAAGUUGGAAAGGAAGGUGCUGGACAGCCAAGAGAGGGCAUUCUGGGAUGUCCAUCGGCCUGUGCCGGGAUGUGUAAAUACAACAGAAGUAGACAUUAAAAAAGCAUGUAGACAAAAUAGGCCUCUAAAAGUAAUAAAGCCAAAUUAUGCAGUACCUGGCGGUCGUAUAAGUCCUAGUGUAUCGGAAGCUGAGUUGCAUAAUCCUUCAGAUGGAUUAAAAAUACAGAUCAAUACCCUAAAGCAACAACUUGAUCGACGAAACGUGAAGCUCUCGAAGGUUGCAGAGAGUUACGUGAGUUUCUACGAGCAAUAUCAAGAGUAUGAUCCAUUCUCAACGACACCGGAGCCUGCUAACCCAUGGUUAUGUGAUACACCAGAAUUCUGGGAAAUAGAAAAGAACUUGAAGGAUCUUCCCCCCAGGCGGGUGAAACGGUGGGCUUUCUCGUUGCCGGAGUUGCUGAGAGAUCCAGCGGGGAGAGAGCAGUUUGCAAAGUUCUUAGAUAAAGAGUACAGCGGGGAAAAUCUUAGGUUUUGGGAAGCCUGCCAAGAGCUAAAGAAAGUGGCAAGCAAAGAUGUGACGUCCAAGGUCCAAGAAACAUGGGAUGAAUUUCUUGCCCCGGGCGCUCACAAUCCUGUAAAUAUUGACUCCAAGGCUAUGGCGCUAACUACAAAAAACAUGGAAACCCCAGAUAGAUACACAUUUGACACAGCAGCAGAGCACAUAUACUACUUGAUGAAGAGUGAUAGCUACGCACGUUACAUUCGCUCGGAAAUGUACAAAGAAGUACUUCUAGGAAGCAAGAAAAAGCCCAAACGACCAGUUCUAGUGAAGUUAAAGUCCUUCAACAUGGGAGGUGGUCAGUCCUUCUACUAGUCUUCAGCGGGCCACGCACUGCUUUUACCUCGGACGACUUCGGCUCGCCAUCCCCGAAAACAUGCAAUACAACUACUACUGCUACUACUACUAAUACUGCUGCACAAGGCAACUUGGCCGUAGCUAAAAUCGAGAUGAAAAUGGACCACAAAUCCGUCUGUUAACAGAAACACUAUUGCCGCACGUGCAUCGAGGAACGGGGCGGCUGCGCGGAAGCUCACUUUCGUAGGCACAGUGCCCUCUUCGGGACGACAAGGCGUGCGUAUCUUUCACUUCAUGCAGCACUUUACGACACUCACGUAGACCUGGUCGCCGUCUUCACAGAAUUGCAGCUUUUAGCGAGGGAGCAUCUUCCCUCGUGGUCACUUGGAGCCGUGUGGUGCGAGUAAGGAGUGGUGAUGCAUGUACGGAACUCUGAAGCCAGUAGGCGCGUGAUGAUUCAUACUGUGCAUGACUUUCGCACACCAGAUCUCUUACACAUGGCGUGUUGGUUGGGGGCCAAGGCUACCUUGCUGACUCUUGCUAAGGUAUUGCACAAGGAUCUCUGCAAACUGUACUUUGAAUCGGCGUGGUUAUUACUAGAUGCACACCAAUGUAACAUAGCUGUGUAGAUAUCUGUUAUACAAUCGUUUGAUUAAAUACGCUACUGGCACAGACUGUCACGGAGGCUGUUAGUAUAGCCUGUGUAAAUGGUAGCUUACAGUUCAGUGCCAGUCUGUGCCAUGCGAUUCUUGUGUGCGUUUUCAUUUGUUGGUGCGGAUUGUAAAUAUCUGAAAAAUAAAGCACUGGCCUAAGCGCCAAUUACUUUUGAAUAAUUUUGCUGGAUAUUGGUUAGAAUGCUUAGUUUUAGUUGUUUGCUAAAAUACCAAACAAUUAAUAGGUUGUGUCGGCGUGAAUAGAGAUAUAAUCCUUGGAAUAAACUUUUUGAAUGCCUUCACUAUUUCUAGUCUAUAUCAAGGCCAAUUAAGAACAAUGAAUUUAAGUGCUAGGCAGAAGCUGCUAUUAUGUCUUUCCGAACCAAUUCCCGCUUGUGUGAAUUUAUAUUGAAGUACCCAAGUCGUGCAUAGAUUUAUUCUUGCCAUGUUGCCAAGUUACAUUUUUCUCUAGUCAAAUAGGAUACGUUUAUCUAGAUUAGUGCUCACCGAUGUCUUCUCUUUCAAUAUACACACAUAUAAAAAUCAUGUGAAAAUGUAUUUGAGUAUAGAACACAUACAUGUUUGUGUGUGUAUCUUCUGGUUCUACCGGUGGAUGAUGUCAAACCGUUUAAAGAGCGGUUUUUAAUUGCAUUGAUGUUUAAACGCACUAGUUUAGUUUUGUGGUUUUUGAAUCGGAGCCGUGCUCUCUUUUGAGGAUUUGCAAUUGUAGGUGUAGAUACACUGUGUUUUAUUACUGUCCCAAUUAUAUCCCUCCAUUCUGUCGCAUAUUAGUCAGUGGCGUGCUUACGUGAUUUGAUUUAUAAGAGGGCACAGUUUGUUUGGAUCGAACAGUGCGUAUCGUAGGUCAAUUUGAUAGUCGAGCCGUAUUGUGUGUAAUUUUACAAACAGAUUUUUUUCCCACAAAAAAAUUUGUCGCGUGAAAUUAGGUUGGUGGUUUUUUUGCUUAAGCGAACGACCCUACGUUUGCUGAGAUAGUUUGUUAGUGUAUAGUUGGCACAGGUUCAUGAUUUCAGACCCAGUGCUGUAGAAUCGAAAGCGGGCUUGUUUGAUAAUCAGGUGCUAUCACGGAUUUAAAUUGGUCACUGCUUCCCACAGAGCAUGAAAUAUGCUCCACUAUGUUUCAUCUGGUCAUGUAUACAACACUGUGAGCAGUCGUUUCGUAAUUUACAGUAUCACGAUGAUGUCACGCAUUAGUGUGAGGUCUCUCGAUGAUGUCACACAUUAGUGUGAGGUCUCUCGAUGAUGUCACGCAUUAGUGUGAGGUCUCACGAUGAUGUCACGCAUUAGUGUGAGGUCUCACGAUGAUGUCACGUAUUAGUGUGAGGUCUCUCGAUGAUGUCACGCAUUAGUGUGAGGUCUCACGAUGAUGUCACGCAUUAGUGUGAGGUCUCUCGAUGAUGUCACACAUUAGUGUGAGGUCUCACGAUGAUGUCACACAUUAGUGUGAGGUCUCACGAUGAUGUCACACAUUAGUGUGAGGUCUCACGAUGAUGUCACGCAUUAGUGUUAGGUCUCUCGAUGAUGUCACACAUUAGUGUGAGGUCUCACGAUGAUGUCAGACAUUAGUGUGAGGUCUCACGAUGAUGUCAGACAUUAGUGUGAGGUCUCACGAUGAUGUCAGACAUUAGUGUGAGGUCUCUCGAUAAUGUCACACAUUAGUGUGAGGUCUCACGAUGAUGUCAGACAGUGUGAGGUCUCACGAUGAUGUCACACAUUACUGUGAGGUCUCACGAUGAUGUCAGACAUUAGUGUGAGGUCUCUCGAUAAUGUCACACAUUAGUGUGAGGUCUCACGAUGAUGUCACACAUUAGUGUGAGGUCUCACGAUGAUGUCACGCAUUAGUGUGAGGUCUCACGAUGAUGUCACGCAUUAGUGUGAGGUUUUGCGAUGAUGUCACACAUUAGUGUGAGGUCGCAUUAUGAUGUUACACGUCAGUGAAGGUGUCGCCAUGAUGUCGCAGGCCACUGUCACACAUCAGGUGACACAUGACAUGCCAACGUAUCAGGUGUGUCAUGCACGGUAUAGUGUUGUCUCGCAACGUUGUCAUGCGUACAUCGUGGGGUCUUACAACGUUGUCAUGCGUACAUCGUGGGGUCUUACAACGUUGUCAUGCGUACAUCGUGGGGUCUUACAACGUUGUCGUGCGUACAUCGUGAGGUCUUACAACGUUGUCGUGCGUACAUCGUGUGGUCUUACAACGUUGUCGUGCGUACAUCGUGGGGUCUUACAACGUUGUCGUGCGUACAUCGUGGGGUCUUACAACGUUGUCGUGCGUACAUCGUGGGGUCUUACAACGUUGUCGUGCGUACAUCGUGAGAUCUUACAGCGUUGUCGUGCGUACAUCGUGGGGUCGCACAACGUUGUCAUGCGUACAUCGUGGGGUCGCACAAUUAUAUCACACGCAAAUCAUCGAUUUUUGUAAUGAUGUUAUUCCUCUAGGCCAUCAUGGUCUCACAAUGAUCGCAUGCGUCAUCACGGUGACACACUGGUGCGACACAUCUGAGCCGAGGUCUCGCUUUUCACAAUAACUAUUAUUCUCCCAUGAAUCUAGUCACUAGUCUUCAAAGGUUAAUUGGUAGCAUGUUGGUUUGGUUAAGGAAAUGCCUGUCCAAUCGAUGAAUGGCUGUAGUUUUGAUGAUAAUAAGUUUCGCUAAAAUAAAUGUUACACGUUAAAGAAUAUCAAGCAGUUCCGCAAAUAUUUGCGUGUUUAUUGUUUGUCAUCGGCCGUUGUGCUGUACAUAUAGGAUUGCAGGUUAGAACGAAUGUGUCUGCAUUUUAUUACCAAUAAUGAUGUCUGGUGUGUGUGCGUGUGUGUGUGUGUACAUAUAUGUAUAUAUACAUAUAUCUCUAUAUAUACAUAUAAGCAUAUAAAUAUAUAAAUAUGUAAUUGUUAUGAAUGUUGAUACUGCCUAUUGCUGCUGCUGCUGUGGUUGCUUCAUGUAAACGAAUCAUUUUGGUUUGACACUGGAAUGUGUAUGCUCUGAGUUACAUGUUCUAACUACGUUCGUCAUUUUUCUAUUAGAUUAAAUCCAAUAAAUGCUAGUAGUUAGGGCAAUAUCUCGGGCUAUCAGGCACCUUACAGCCUACUUAUCACUGUAAAGCUGACGCAUGAUUACAUUCAUGUUACAUUCAUGUUCGGGGACGGUUAUACUCCCUUGUUUAAGUACAGUUGCAUCUUAAGUUACGGUUGCAUCCUGCUGGCCACUGAUAAGGCCACUGUUUAGUGUAAGGUAGCACUCUAUCUGAUAUAAGGUAGAGCUCUGGCCUAAUUAAGGUAAGGUGACGUGGCUGAAGUAAUCUUACAACCUGGUUGACGUAUGCCAAGCCUAUUAAUUUUUACAUUAUGGGGGGCAGUCUAUAGCUGUGGUCAGGUGGUAGCCAGCGCAUGAGAGUGAGUUGAAGUCUAAAAGUUGCAGGCUAUCUGAGACCAUGGUACAGCCUAGCUGAAGUCAGGUUGCAGUCUAACUUAAGUCGGAUUGCAGUCUAUCUGAGGUCAGGAUUACAGCCUAGAUGAUGUCAGGUCACAGUCUAUAUGAGGUCAUGUUAUACUGCUUAAGUCGGAUAGCAGCUUAUACUAUGAUGUCAUGUUGCAACUUAGCGGCACUAAGCUGUAGCCCUGUAGGGGUAAGACUGUGACAUGACUAAAGUCAUCUGAUAUCCUUUCGCGCACUUUCUCGUCAGCAACAAAAUUACUUCAGUAUUCACGUAAUCUUGUAUAACUUCGUCAGCGUAGUACUACUGUGCGGAUUCGUAUGGCUGGUAAGAACUUGGGACGAACACGUUUUAUUGUUCUAUUCUCAUAAACUAAUAAUAGGUACCUUCUACCGGUCUGUGCAACAUAUACGUGGGCUGUUGUCAUCCGGCAGAGACGGCACAUUGGGUUAACCUCCCUACGCUUACACGUGUUGUGGGUAUGUGCGUUCGUGCGUGUGCACGCGUGUGUGCGUAUAUGUAUAUAUAUAUAUAGAGGUACACGUGUACGUGUAGUGAGGUUGCCCUAUAUGCGCGGCUUCUGUCGCUUAAUAAGCUUUGGUUUCCGUGUAGCUUAAGAGAGCCGCCUUGUAAGUGUAUACUAAGUGUGCGAGUCAAUAUGGACACGAGCGGCCGUUUCGUUCAGCGGCUUGAGUCUAGCGACUUAUGCUCACUGAUGUGAUUUUCACCUGAUCUGUGGCCGAGUCGGGUCGCUGUUCGUUGAUUAUUGUGAUUAGGAGUGCUUGUCGCGCUUGCUAUCAACGAAGACAGCUUUUUGUGUCACCUUCGGCUAGAUGGGAAUGCGUCUUGGAGAGAAGCGCGUGCUUAAAACAUGAAGUGAGCUAGAAGACGUGCCCCCCCCCCUGAUAAUCAGCGCCGCGCUUACUGCUUUGCUGUUAUUGUUUGUGUCCGCCGAGUAGGUUCGCCCGUGGUUAUGAUAACCAUGGAAUUGCUGAUACUUGUCGCUGUAAAACAUUUCUGCUUAUUUUUCUUCUAAAGUCUAAAUACAAUAGAAAUUUACAACAUCUUACA